AUGGAUCUGAAGGGAAGAAAUUUUAAAAAGAUUGGAAUAAUUUGUGCGCUGGUACUCGUAUUUGGUGUGGUGUUCAGCUAUGGAAUAUUCCCCUCCAUUUUGCGGUUUAUGAUAAAGCAGAAUGUUUUACUGAAGCCUGGAACUCAGAUAAGAGACAUGUUCGAGAAGAUUCCGUUUCCGUUGGAUUUUAAGCUUCAUUUAUUCAACGUGACGAACCCCGAAGAAAUAAUGCGCGGAGGUAAACCUCAUGUCAAUGAUAUAGGACCACUAUAUUUCGAGGAGUGGAAAGAAAAAUAUGAUACUGUAGACAACGCUGAAGAAGACACCCUCACCUUUACCUUACGGAAUACAUGGAUUUUCCGGCCCGAUCUAUCGGUGUUGACCGGCGAGGAGAUCGUAACACUGCCACAUCCACUGAUGAUGGGUGCCCUACUCAUGGUGCAACGGGACCGUGAAGCAAUGAUGCCACUGGUGACGAAAGGUAUCAACAUCAUCUUUGCGCCACUCGAAUCGGCCUUCCUGAAGGUGCGUAUCAUGGACCUGUUGUUCGACGGUAUCUAUAUCGACUGCAGUAGCAACGACUUUGCCGUCAAGGCACUGUGCUCCGGCUUGGAUUCGGAAGGUGCCGUUAGUCCACAUAAUGAGACACAUUACAAGUUUUCCUUCUUUGGCAUGCGUAACCAUACGGAUGCGGGUCGGUGGGUCGUGUACCGUGGAGUGAAAAAUAUUCGUGACCUGGGCCGUGUUAUUUCGUUCAACGAUGAAACAGAAAUGGACAUCUGGGAUGGAGACGAGUGUAAUCAGUACAUCGGUACGGACUCUACCAUCUUUCCGCCGUUCCUCACUAAGCAGGAUCGGCUGUGGGCAUGGUCCCCAGAGGUGUGCCGCUCGUUAGGUGCUCACUAUGUGCAAAAAUCUAAGUACGCUGGCUUACCGAUGAGCUUUUUUGAACUUGAUUUCGGCGAUCUAAAGAAUGAGCCACAUAAUCAUUGUUUCUGUCGAGACCCACCAGACGAGUGCCCACCACGUGGAACUAUGGACUUGUCGCCAUGUCUCGGAGGACCUAUAAUCGGUUCUAAACCUCAUUUUUACGGGGCAGAUCCAAAACUCGUCGAAGCCGUUGACGGGCUAGCGCCGAAUAAAGAAAAGCACGAUGUCUACAUUCAUUUUGAACUGUUCACGGGGAGCCCUGUGUCAGCUGCAAAACGUUUGCAGUUCAGCAUGGACUUGGGCCCAAUUCACAACCACGAUUUGUUCGGACAACUGCCACAAGUGAUAUUACCAAUGUUCUGGGCCGAGGAAGGUGCUUCUCUCAAUAAAACCUGGACCAACCAGCUCAAAUACCAGCUCUUUCUAGGUCUUAAGUUCAAUGCAACCGUUAAGUGGCUAACCAUUAUCAUCGGAACCGUGGGAGCCAUAGGUUCGGCAUAUAUGCACUUCCGCAAAGAUGCAAAAACCACUGAUGUAACAGCAGUUACCGCAGCUACAUCUCCGGCAGCCAGUCCAUCGUCGGGUAAGCAAGCAGUGGUAAACUUGGCACUUGGAAAAAACCUACCACCUGUUAUUGAUGGAUUGGAUAAACCGCCUAAGUUAACGUCGGCCGAUGCACGUCACGACAGAUACUAG